ACUCAUGCAGACAGGAAUGCUGAAAUUAGGGAGGGGUGUUGUCUAGAGGACUGUAUGGGUGCGGUUCUAGUUUGCUACAAUUUAUCCCUUCCAGCUCUCAGUGCAGUUCUCUCACCUACACAGCCCUACUUGCACUGAUCUGUCUGCAUCCUCUCACCAUGGCAAGCAGGCAAGCCCCCCCAACUGAGACAGUGAGAUCCAUGGAGAAAAUCAUCACUAUAUUCCAGCGUUAUGCAGGCAAAGAGGGUGACCAGAGCAAAAUGAGCUACAGUGAAUUUGAGGCUUUCAUGAAAACUGAGCUCUCUUCUUUUACAGAUAAUCAGAAGGACCAAGGCAUUUUGCACAGGAUGAUGAAUUCAGUAGAUGGGGGUGUAGAUGGUCAAAAGGACUCACAGUUGGACUUUCAAGAGUUUCUCAAUCUCAUUGGUGGAAUGAUGGUGGCUUGUCAUGAUGCCCUAUCCAAAUGCCCUCCAGGAAAGAAGCCGCAGCCCCAGAAGAAGCCUCCCACAGAGAUGGAAACUGCCAUGGAAAGCAUAAUCCGUGUAUUUCAGCACUACGCAGGCAAAAAAGGGGAUGCAUGUCAAAUGUGCUACACAGAAUUUGAAGCAUUUAUGAAGACUGAGCUGAAAUCAUUCACAGACAAUCAGAAAAACCCAGAUAUAGUGCGAACCCUCAUGAAUUCAGUAGAUGGUGCAGUGGAUCAAAAGAAGAAUAACGAGUUGGACUUCCAGGAGUUCAUGAACCUAAUUGGUGGGAUGAUGGUGGCCUGUCAUGACGCUCUUAUGAGUAGUCCUCAGUUCCGGAGCAAGAAAGUGUGAAACCACCAGCAUGUUACAAUAAAUAGUGUAUCUGUUCUGGAUUACACUAAAGGGGCUCUAUUACCCAAUGUGAAUUUUCUUGUGAAUGCUUAUUGCUUUUGUUCCAGUAAAAUGUAUUUCAGUA